CCGUCCCAACACGGAAACAUGGAAUAAUGGCAACGGUUGCGUUGGUGUUAUUAUGGAUUUAAAGCGGUACUACUAGCUUAAAUCUCAACGUGUUUGUUAACUGUCAGAACAGCUUUGGCCAUGUUAAACGGCCAGUAUUAACUUUUUGACCGAUGGACGCCCGCGCUAGAAAUGGAGAGAGAGUUCGACCUCUGUUGUUAGUUCAAUAGCUUUAGUCUUCCGUUUGUUCAGAGCCAUGAAAGUCGGUGUUUUGGGGGUCAUGGGGGCUCUGGGGCGCCUGCUGCUGUCUCUUCUCCUGUUGUCCUGGGAAGGCAAACUAUUUCAGGUUGGAGGGGUCAGAUCAGUCACCCUCCCAGAGUCCCUCCUGUUUGUCUCAACACUGGACGGUAGUCUGCAUGCUGUCUCCAAACAGUCAGGAGACAUCAAGUGGACCCUACGAGAAGACCCCAUCAUCCAAGUACCUGUCUACCUCACAGAGCCAGGUUUUCUCCCGGACCCCAAUGAUGGCAGCUUAUAUGUACUGGGUGGCAAAUACAAGGAAGGCUUGAUGAAACUGCCAUUCACCAUCCCAGAGCUGGUUCAGUCAGCUCCCUGCAGGAGCUCCGAUGGUAUACUCUAUACAGGUAAAAAGCAGGAUGUGUGGUUUGUGGUGGAUCCUGAGACGGGUGUGAAGCAAACCAGUUUAACCACCUCAUCCUCUGAAUCCAUCUGCCCCAACACUCCUCUGCUCUACAUAGGACGCACAGAAUAUGUGGUUACCAUGUUUGACACCAAGACACAAGAGCUGCGAUGGAACGCUACCUACAAUGAUUACUCUGCUCCCCCUUACGAUGAGAAACAAGACUACAAAAUGGCCCAUCUGGUGUCGAGCGGUGAUGGUCUUGUUGUGACAGUUGACAGAGAGACAGGUGACGUCCUGUGGAGUCAGAACUAUGGCUCACCCGUUGUGGGUGUCUACCUGUAUUCUGGUGACUCGCUAAGACACGCUCCCCAUCUGUCCCUCGCCAUGGAAACGCUACGCUUCCUCACAUUCUCCUCUGCCAACGACCAGGCAGACACACACUCCACUUUGAAGUGGAGCUAUCAGUUUGUAAAGGAGCAAGCCAGUGCACAAACACAACUUGUACCCACUCUCUAUGUUGGAAAAUUGGACUCUCACCUCUACGCCUCAACUUCCCUCGUCCACCAUGGAGUCUCUUUAGUGCCUCGCGGUCUGACCCUGGCUCGGAUUGAAGGUCCUGAUACGGCAGGAGUGACGGUCAGAGAGCGAGGGGAGUGUGAGAUUACACCGUCCACUGAUGUGCGCUAUCCACCAGGGAGCACAAACAGCCAGAAGAACCACUGGCUGCUAAUAGGCCACCAUGAGCUCCCUCCAGUGGCCCACACCACCAUGCUGAGGGAUUUCCCAGUCACUCUGCAGCGUUCUGGUGAGGCAGUCAUCCCCCCUCGACCUCCCGGCUCCUCUGCCUCCCCUGUUUCCCCUGCCUCCCACUACCACCAGCGAUAUUUCCAGACAGUUGCUGGUGGCCAUAGCGACACUAAUGCUAACAGCGGAGGGGUGGAUGGGGGCAGUUCAGGACAGGCCCAGAGGCCGGCCGCAGUGCUGCCCGUCUACGUGACUCAGGACCGUCUGACCCUGGCUGUUCUGACGCUGCUGCUUGGGGGAUGGCUGGCCUUCGUGCUCACAUACCCUGUUCGUGCAGCCCAGCAGCUGAAAGCUCAAAGGCAACUGGAAGAGGCUUUUGAGUCUCGUCUGCAGCGCAUGCAGACCAACAUGCAGACAAGCACUCAGACAGUGACCUUGGUUUCUUUAGACACAACCCUUUCAACUGAUACAAACCUCUCCAGUGACUCUUUGCCUGUGUCUGCUGACCCUCCGCCUAGUCCUCAUGCUCACAGCAGUAGCACCUCAGAUGUUGAUAAAAAUGCCACAGCUGGGCUCAAACCCACAGCAGAAGGAAACAGUGAGGAGGUGCAGGUGGGUAAAAUCUCCUUCACUCCAUCUGACGUCCUUGGACACGGCACAGCGGGAACUUUUGUCUUCAGGGGUAAAUUUGACGGGCGGCACGUGGCGGUGAAGCGAAUCCUGCCAGAGUGUUUUGAGGUAGCAGAGAGAGAGGUGCAGCUCCUCCGAGAGUCCGACACUCACCCGAACGUCAUCCGAUACUUCUGCACGGAAAGAGACCGCCUCUUCACAUACAUCGCCAUCGAGCUGUGCACUGCAACCCUGCAACAGUAUGUGGAGGAUCCAUCUUGCUUCCCUCAGUUGAACCCUAUAACUCUGCUGGAACAGACCAUGUGCGGCCUUUCACACCUCCACUCACUCAACAUAGUCCAUCGUGACCUGAAGCCUAGAAACAUCCUCCUCUCUGGCCCCAGUGCGUUGGGUCGGGUCCGAGCUCUCAUCUCUGACUUUGGGCUCUGUAAGAAGAUCCCAGACGGUCGGAGCAGCUUUUCUUUGCGGUCAGGAAUACCAGGAACUGAGGGGUGGAUAGCCCCUGAAGUACUGCGGGAUACACCUGGAAAUAAACCGACAGCAGCAGUGGACGUGUUCUCAGCCGGCUGUGUGUUUUAUUACGUGGUCAGCAGGGGGCAGCACCCUUUUGGCGAUGCACUGAGACGACAGGUCAACAUUCUGUCAGGGGAAUAUUCUCUCUCACAUUUUAUGGAGGAUAUACACGAUGACGUCAUAUCACAGGAUCUGAUUGAUCAAAUGAUCAGUGCUGAGGCCGAGUCUCGCCCCUCCACCGCCUGUGUGCUCAAACAUCCGUUCUUCUGGAGCCCAGAGAAGCAGCUGCUCUUUUUCCAGGAUGUGAGUGAUCGCAUUGAGAAAGAACCGGCAGACAGUCGGAUUGUGGUCAGACUGGAAACUGCGGGACGAGCUGUGGUCCGAACCAACUGGAGGAUGCAUAUCUCUGUGCCUCUACAGACAGACCUGCGGCGAUUCAGGACGUAUAAAGGAAACUCAGUCCGAGACCUGCUGAGAGCCAUGAGGAACAAGAAACAUCACUACCACGAGUUGCCGCCAGAGGUGCAGGAGACUCUGGGCGAGCUGCCUGAAGGCUUCGUCAGCUACUUCACCUCACGGUUUCCGCGGUUACUGAUGCACACACAUGCUGCUCUGCACAUCUGCGCCCAUGAGAGACUGUUUCACCCGUACUAUCUGCCCCCCAGCGCCAGAUAACUUCCACAUGACUCUACACUCCAUACACUCUUAACACAUUCACACACACACACUUACACACACACUUAGACACACUUACACACACACACACACACACACAUACAUCGGUUUACUUUUUUGGUGAGCGAAGGAGAUCCCUGACAGUGCCCUGUUAUCGCUUUUGUAAAGCCCAUACUGUUUUUUUGUUUUUUUUGGGGGGGGGGCAGUGCUGUGAAAAAGUUUUUAUAUGCCUUGAUUUGAUGUUUCAUUGAUUAAUUCUAUUUUUCUCCAGCCAUUGCUCAAGAAAUCGUUUUAAAAUUAAAUUAGAAAGCACUCUGAAUGUGUGUCUCCACAAAGACUGUAUACUGUACAUUUGUAAUGUUAAUAACUUCUUCACCAGAGGAAAUCAUUUUAAAGAAUUUAUAGGGUGAGAGAGACAUUCAGCAAACAUCUCCACCCUGAGGUUCAUCUGAAACAUGUAUGAUGUUUCAUAUUAAAUUAAUAGUAAAAUAUCACUUCUUUUAUGAGGAUAUUCACAGUGUGAAAAAGUUCUGUCAUAAUGUGUAUGACUGUAAGCAAUGCUGCUCAGUUCCCACAUGUAGACUGUAGCUACAGGCUUUAGCUUUUAAAAAUGUAAUGACUCUGCCUGUGGAGCCAAUAAAACCUGAUAAUAGGUUCAUAUGGAACCUGGUCGGACUUUAGAGUGUGGGAUGAAUUCACUUUACUAAAAUAUGAGUCUCCUGUGGAGGGUGAUGAUCACUUCUGAAGGGCUUUGGAGCUCAGAUUAACUUUGUCACAGCACUGUAGGUAACACAGACACUGGACAACACAUUCAUGAAAACAGAGCUUGUGUUGUUGUUGUUACAAAGCUGCGUGUCACAGAAGAAAUCUCCAUUAUCCAUUUAACCCGGCUACUUCAACAGUUUACUUUCGCCGUGUCGGUGUUGCUGCUGUGCCUCUGUCCACUCCUUUGCAGACAGACUCCACAGUAUUUGCUUCGCUGUUUGUUUUUAUGUACUUGAUGUAUGUGUGUCCUUUACUGCACCGCUGAAGGUAGCUACAUUGACUGAACAAUGUACUCGGCUGUGUUUUUUACUGAAGGCAGCACAUUGAGCGUAACAGCCGAAUAUCAUUGGGGCUGUUAAAUGUGGGCAGUGUGCAUAUGCUGUGAAAAUCUUGAUUUAUCACCAGUGUGUCUGGGCAAUAACGCAAAAAUGGCAACUACAUUGCCCAUUUCAUUUGAAGUUACAGACAUGUGUGGGCAAUUUUGUGCUGUUUACCCAUUUUUAACUGAAAUGCAGUAUCUUUCUUUGGAUCAACACGCCUGAAUAUCGGCAUUGCUUCACAGGCUCACAAAACGCUACCAAACGCUCUUAGAGCCCUGUGAAGUUUCCUCCGUGUAACUGCUGGAUGAAGUUUUUGUUUAUAGUGCUGCAGUAGGAUGAAUGAUGAAGAAUCAAACUUUUGUACUUUUUUUUUUUUUUUGAAUGAGUGAAUUAAAUCGAUGCUUUGGGUGUGCCAAAGAAUGACGUAAAUCAAGUCUUGUGUUUGAGUUUGUGAGCAGCCAGAGAAAGGAAACUGCAGAAUCAAUUCGUAUCUUUUGGUCUUAAACAUUAACACUUCCAUUAUACACAAGUUGGUGGGAA